GGGGCGAGAGGCAGACUUCUGAGGAAAGUCACGCAAACACGAGGGAGCAGCAGAGCGAGCUGCGUCCGUCCGACCAGCUGAUCGUUCGUGCCAGCGAGAGGGAGGGAAGGCGAGGACGGGAGGGGUGACCACUGAUGCGCCGCUAAUCUGCGUCGGAGAGCAAAAACAGAAACCCCAGCAAGCAGCGGUGGGGCAAGGCACCUUUUCCCCCGCACACGAUGGGACGACGGGGAACGAAGUGACAGAAGUGUUCGGAAGGGAGAAAGCAUCAGCUGCAUAUUUUUAGCAGGGCCCAUUGUUUGAAAGCGGAAGAAAAGCCCAAUAGGAGUCAAAGCGGAAGAGGAACCUCAGAGGCGGUCAUAUUUUUUUAUUUUUAUUUUUUGAUUUACAUCACCUCGUGCAGCAAUGUCCUGGCUGUCUCCGGUCCAGUGGGCCAAAUGGACGUGGUCAGCGGUGACGGGGGGCUCGGGAGAUGACGCUGAUGACAAUUCAGACUCCGAGGGGACCUUCGAGACCCCAGAGGCGGAGUCUCCGGGUGUUGCGAAACUGCUGAGUCAACUGGACAACCCCACGGAUGCAGACGAAUUUGUCCAGAAGAAUUCCAACCAGGAUGAAGAUUCUGCCCUCAACAACCUGACUGGCUCAUCCCCCAACAACAGCAACUUUGGUCUGAACCAGAACCUCAAUCUGACUCUGACACCAAAGGCCUCAUCCCAGUCAAACGCCGCAUCUCAACCACGACGACCUCCGUCUCUGCCAGUCCACUCCCCGCUCAGCACACCAGAUCCUUCGGAGGUGGACGAUGAGGCGCCCGUGACCUGUAACCCGAGCCCAGACUCGAACCUCUUUCCCGGCCGUGACCUCGCCGUGCAUCACGACUUGCUAAAUGGCAACGUGACCUCUGACUGCGCAAAAGCGGCCUGCUACCCGGAGGGAAGUGUGGUCAGCAGCAGCGUUAUCACCAACUCAUGUAAAGGACCAAAGCCGGAGCAGCCGACGCAAAAGGACCUCAGCGGGCAGGAUGAUCACGAUGGCCACGCUACCGAUGAGGAGAAGUUGGCCAGCAGCUCGUGUGUCAAAGCAGACAAGGAACAAAGCAUCCAAGUCUGCCAUGUGACUUCCACACCAGACGAGCCAGACAUCUCCAAUCUGCACAAUGACGACCCGAGUCGGUGGAAGACCAAAUCGGAAGGAAGUGGACUGCAGAAAACGGGCAGCAAGGUCCUGGACUCCAUCUGCAUCAACGAGGAGGAGAAAAAGGCCGUUUUGACGCUAAUCAGAGAGGAGAUCAUCACAAAAGAGGCGGAAGUGAACGACUGGAAGAGGAAGUAUGACGACAGCAGACAGGAACUCAAUGAGAUGAGGAAGAUUGUCUCAGAAUAUGAGAAGACAAUUGCUCAGAUGAUCGAGGACGAGCAGAGGAACAGCCUGAGCUCCCAGAAGGCUUUGCGUGCCGUCACCAUGGAGAAGGAGGCCGCCCUGGCAGAUCUCAACUCGGUGGAACGCUCGCUGUCUGACGUUUUUCGGCGCUAUGAGAAUAUGAAGAAAACCCUGGAAGGCUUCAAGAAGAAUGAAGAGGUGCUGAAGAAAUGUGCUCAGGAAUAUCUGGCCAGAGUCAAGCAGGAGGAACAGCGAUACCAAACCCUGAAAGUCCACGCAGAGGAAAAGCUUGACAAGGCCAACGAGGAGAUCGCCCAGGUGCGCUCAAAGGCGAGCUCCGAGAGCUUGGCGCUGACCGCCGGCCUGCGGAAGGAGCAGAUGAAGAACGAGUCUCUGGAACAAGCCCUGCAGCACAAAGCGAAAUCAAGAGAUUGAGGAGCUCACGAAGAUCUGUGACGAGCUCAUCGCCAAAAUGGGAAAAGUCGACUGAGCGGCUCAGCCACUGACUCCCCGUGCAUGCCUCCAUCCGACGAGAUGCCGACAGUCCUCUCCCGCAGCUCCUUCCGCAAAGGUGUCUCCCACCGCUUCCCGCCCUCCAUCGGGACUUUUUACACGCCGUCGUCCGUUUUUUGAUUGCAUUUUCGUGGACCCCUCGUGCUUUCGGCCGUCCCGCCGGCGGACAACGACAAUGACGCGCCCGUGGUCCAUGUGAAAUUCCCGGCAGAUUAAACCGCGGGAUGGUCACGCAACUCCUCCGAGCGGUGUGACAUCAAAUUGAAGGCAGAACGAGGUCAAUUUUGACUCACAGUCAGAAGUACGCCCGGAGAAGCUUACACGAGUUUUGUUUUGUAUUACGCAACAAUCCGAAUAAUGUGUCCUUACUCUGGGAACAGUUCAAGUUGGAGUAGUUCAGGAGCGUCUGAGUGGCUUUGGACCGCUUACCGCUGCUACAAAUCUAUCGCAACUUCACUACAGCGUUGAAAUUGCACAUUAUUUGAUCUUAAAAAUAAAAACACAGACAAUCAGUGAGUCCACUGUGAUUAUGCAGUACAGGGAGUCCUCGGUCUACGGCUGAGAUCCGUUCCUACUCGAAUUUCGACUUAAGUCAGAUUCCACCGUUAAAGUCAGAAUUUACAUCAAAAUAGUUUGUAUAAAAAACAAAUCCAUUGAAAUAAACAAGAUGGCGUACUUAGCAUGACUGCUGAGAGGUGGAGAAGAAGAAGAAGGGGAGGUGGUGCUUGGCUAUUGCCAAGGAACCUGCUCCUCAAUCCGCUCCAUCUCGACAAGUAUCGAAGAACCGUGUUUUGCGAUCGUCGUAUCCGACAUCGGAACGGAACCCUUCAGCGCAUGCGGUAAAAUACGGGAUUUUUCUUUCGUAAUUGUCACGGCGGUCGACCGCCUGAAGCCUCGGUGGUGUCGAUGUCUCUCCUUUCUCAAAUCUUUUUAUGGUCUUGAGCGUCGUUUCCGCGGUUACGGAUUUUCUUUUGGCUGCAGAACCAUUGAUAAAAGACACAGCUGGCUUUUUUGGGGCGAUAAUGUCGUAAAAGGAGGGUGAAAAAUGCAAAGAUACUCCCAGCGCACAAACACGGACGAGCUUUAGCCAGACAAAAUGGCGCUCGGGGGACGUAAAGUCGAAACGUCUUAGGUGGAGACCGUCUUAACCCGAGGACUCCCCGGAUUAACGCGUCCAUUUUGUUUUCCCAUUUGUCACUGCAGCCUCCUUGGCCACAAUAGAGUCCGAAAAAUCCAAAUUUGGAUCAGGACCAAAUUUGCGCCCUCAUAAAUAUUUACCUAUAUGGCUUAAUGUUGUCAGUGGAAUUAAAGCAAAAGAUAAAUCACGCAAUUUUUUCAUAAACAACCACAACACCACUGAGUUGGGCAAAGACCUACACCACGGUUGAGCUUGUAACGAAAAGUUCCGAUGGGACUGAAAGAGCAAAUUAUUAAAUUAUUCUAACCACGUUGCAGCGUUUUAUAUAAAAAAAAUUAUAUAUAUAUAUAUAUAUAUAUAUAUACACACACAUUGAACAUUUUUGUCGAUUUACCUGUCUCUGUUCUUUAUGCUUACACCAUGUUUACAACUCCACUCUCACAACCAUAUUUUAGCUGUUUUUAUAUCGUCUCAGACUCACUCGUUUUGUUUAUUGGCUGUUUUUUUUUUUUUAAAUGAAUGUAAAUGUGGAAGAUCUACAAAAAGUACCUAACAUGAAAUGAAAUUAUAUUUGUUUGAAUAAAAGGACUAAUCAGA